AUGUCUGCGUCUGUCUUCCUUCUUGGUCCCGGCUUCAUCGGCGGAGAGAUCAUAGACCUCCUUCUCAUAUCAAAGUAUAAAGUAACAACUCUUGUUCGCCGCGAAUCAGCUGUUGCAGAUUACGCCAAUUUGGGGGUUGAAACAGUGGUUGGUAGCCUGGAUGACGCAUCAGUAAUCACGGAUCAGGUCGCAGUUAGUGACAUUGUCUUCCACACUGCAACCGCAGACCACCUGCCAUCUGUCCAAGCAAUUAUCGAUGGCAUCAGACAGCGAGCGACGCAAGGGCUGAGAACAGUUUACAUCCACAAUAGUGGGGCAACCUUGCUCUCCGACAAUGCCCAAGGAGAGUAUAAAAGCGGUACUAUCUUUGACGAUGAAAAGCCCGGAGAGAUUGACGCCGUCCCUGAUUCCGCAUUUCAUCGCCAUAUCAACUUGGUAAUCAUCCGAGCAAGCCAAGAACUAGCCUCCCACGCCAAGAUCGCCAUCAUGAUUCCACCCCUUAUCUACGGCGUGACCACCAGGGAGAACCGCUUGUCGAUUCAACUGCCGACGCUCAUCCGGUACUCCAUCAAACAUGGCUAUGUGGGUCAGAUCGGAAGUGGUCUCGCAGUAUGGAAUCAGAUCCAUGUCAGAGACCUUGCCAGGGGAUACAUGGUUCUCCUUCAUUCGAUGGAGCGUGCACCUGUCGCUGAGAUUGCAAUGAAUCCGUAUUUCUUUUGUGAGAAUGGCCAAGAGUUAGCUUGGGGUGAAUGUGCUGCUGAGAUUGGCCGUACACUGAAGCAGACAGGGCGUGUGGGUCAAUCUACGCCGAAGCCCAUUCCGAAGGAACACUGGGGUGAUUUGUUCGGAGAUUUUUCUGGGAUUGUGGUCGGAUCUAAUGCACGAAAUAGGGCCAAUCGACUUCGGAAAUUGGGCUGGGCACCCUUGGAGAAAGACACUUUUGCUUCCGUGGUCGAAGAUGAGAUCCCAAUCAUUGAGAAGGAAACUGGGGAGUUCACAGGAUACGCGAGCGUCAUUGCGUCGUAG